GCUGUCUUGUGGUUGGGUUUCCACAGAAAGGCAGUGAUCCAAGGAGGCUAUACAUUCCCCUAUAACACCGUGGACCCCUCUGUCCUGAGAUAAGUCUCAAGUGGAUCCUCUCUGGAGAGCUCAUGUGGAGUGUGUCCGGAGCUGUUUUGAGUUGAGCGUUGGGGAAGUGGCCGCAGAGCGCAAUGGGCCGCGGAGAUUGAGCGCUACCUGUGUACCUGCUGGAGUGCGUACGGCUCACUACAACUGAAGCCGUGUACACGAUGGCGAGCUGCUGGGUAUGGUGCCGCAACACCUGUGUGUGCUGUUUAUCCGAGGACGAAAAGAGGAAUGUCGCCAACCACAAGAAGAUCCAGAAGGAGCUCGAGAGACAGAAGAAGAAAGAAAGGAAAGAAAUCAAAAUCCUCCUGUUAGGAACCGGGGAGAGUGGCAAAACUACUUUUAUCAGACAGAUGCGUAUCAUCCAUGGCAAAGGCUUUUCUGAAGUGGACAGAAAGACUUUUGCUAAAUGUAUAUUUCAGAACAUCUUCACAGCCGUGAAAGCCAUGACAGCUGCGAUGACCACACUCAAAAUCCCCUAUUCCAACCCAGAGAAUGAGAUCUAUGCCAAAUGGCUGCAGGAUAUAAACACAGUGCAGAUUACUCAGUUAGAAAGAGGCUACGUGGAUGCUAUCAGGCGCCUGUGGGCGGACUCAGGCAUCCGAGUCUGCUACAGCCGCCGGUGCGAGUACCAGCUCCUCGACUCCACCGAGUACUAUCUGAGCAACUUGGACCGCAUUGCUUCCCCAGACUACAUACCAACAGAACAAGACGUGUUGCGAGUUCGAUUCCCAACAACAGGCAUCCAUGACUACUCUUUCACCAUCAAAAACAUCACUCUAAGGAUUGUAGACGUUGGUGGUCAGAAGUCAGAGCGUCGCAAAUGGAUUCACUGUUUUGAAAAUGUCACUUCUCUCAUCUUUCUGGCAUCCCUCAGCGAGUAUGACCAAGUCCUGGAGGAAAGAGAAACCAUUAACCGCAUGAAUGAGAGCCUGUCUCUGUUCUACAUCACCAUCCACUCACCCUGGUUCCUCACCACCUCCAUCAUACUUUUUCUCAACAAGACUGACAUCUUAGCUGACAAAAUACAGACUUCUGACUUGAAGAAAUACUUCCCCAACUUCCCUGGUCAGAGGCAGAAUGUGAAGGAUGCACAGAUGUUUAUUCGCCAGAUGUACGAGGAGCGGUCUGUCAACAAGACUCUGUACCCACACUUCACCUGCGCCACUGACACGAACAAUAUCAGGACGGUCUUUGACGACGUUAAAGACACAGUUCUGCUCAAGUCACUGGGGGAUUAUGGUAUCCUAUGAACAACCACCAGUCUACCGAAGGCUGUGAUCAAGCAAAAAUGAAGUCUUUUUUUUUUUUUAUAAAACAUAAAGGAUUUUAUAAGACUCUUGUAUCAUUGAUGUUUCCCUUUUCCAUUAUGACAUGAGCAGAUUUGAAUACUCAAUCUUAAAGCACCAUGCCGGCGGAGAUUACACUAGUGUUUACUGCCAACAAGUCUGCUGUAUCAGAGGAAGCAGUCAACAAAUCCGGAUACAUCCUUUUAUUACUGCCAGAAGCUUUUCCUGCCUUUAUUUUUUAUGGAUCGACAGAACUAAGCCACACACAAAGAGCCGAUGAGGAUGUUUUAAAUAUGACACAAGAAGAGACCACAAUUUCCUUCAUAAAAACACACACAAAUUUAUUUCCUCUCUGAAUGCUUCAUAGACAAACAUGUUGUGUAUCAGUUUAUUAUAAAGAUGCAUUUUAUAUAAACAACACCUGAGAAUCCUUGAGGAGCCGCUUGAGGAACUGUCUUGGAAGCACAUCCAAGCCCUACACCCCAGCAUCAGAGACUGUGGUGUGGACCUUUAUUUUUGUUAUAGAAUAAUAAUAAUUUCCAAUAUGUUCUGUUCUAUUUCUUCAACAGGUUGUGUUCAAGCCAUUCUAGACUAGAUUCCAGAUGAGGUUAGGGGCCUAUAACUCUAUGGUAAAUUCAUUGUUUUUGAUAGAAAUAGCCAAACUAAAAACCCACAAAAAAUAACUUGGACCUUAUCUUUAUUUGAUAGAGAUUGGGACUACAAACUUGGCAUAAGUCCUUUCGACUUAAAGUCCUUUCAAAUGACAACAUUCAAACCUUUAUUAAGUUCAAUCUUUUUGAACCCCUAAAACUUCUUAGUAGUUCAAUUGUGCUGGCAGACUAAAAACAUUGAACUUUAUCUUAGUUUCAUGAGGAUAGGUCCAGUAAUUACAGAUAUAUCAACCAUGAGCCAUGUCAAAACAUCUGCAUUUUGCCAGUAAACAGCAAAUUUAACCAUAUUCUGACCUGUCCUCCAACUCAAUAUUAAACUAUGGAUAGUUUAGAAUGCUGUGAUAUCACGGCAGCCCCAGCUUUGUUUUUAGUUGCACAAGUAUUAGGUUUUUAGCGUGAAAGGACACAGAAAUAUAUAUGUAUAUACAUGUACACCAAGCAGGCAAAACAAAUGACCAGUAAGUCACAGCAUCUUUUGUCUAGACUUUUUGGCAUUAUGCUCCAAAUGUCAGGUGGUUAUAAAGAUCUGAUGACCAGUGUAUUUAAACCCAUGAAAACAUCCAAAACUGGGCAGUUGAGAAGCAUGAAGACAAAAGUCAUUGUUCAAAGUGCCUGUCAACUCAAUACAUUUAUUACAAUUUGUGCAUUACAUUUGUCAUUGCCUAAAGCAACUUGUCAUAAAAGUCAAAGCAAAGGAAAAGAGACCUGCUUGGUUGUUAUAAAACCUUUGCCAUUUUAAUCAUCGCCUCCACAAUAGCAAAGAGUACACUGAGUGAGGUCUUUGAGGUAAAGGGUAAAGAACAGUCAUUUAAGGUGGACGUGUGAGCACAUAUCAGUGUCUUUAUUUAUAUGAAUGUGUGGAAAGGGGAAUUUAUGUUUGUAUAUUGAUUUUACCCUGGCAUGUGUAAACAUUAAAUCGAUUAAGAUGAAGUGACACUAUCUCACAAUAUGGUUGCUCUGAUGUUACAUGUAAGGAGUCAAUAAAUUAUAUUUGGUGUAGGAAAAUUCACUGUACUGUGAUGAGUAAGUUACAUAUUUUGAACAUUUAACUCGGUUGUAACAAUUGUGGCUUCACAAGAAGUAAAAACAAAACUAAGUCUUCCAAAAAUCUUUCACUCUCUGUCUUCUGGAUUGAUAAUGUUAGUGUUUUGUUUUGAAGUAAUUAAAUUAAAUUAAAUUACAAUGAGGCUAUAGAUGGCAGAACUGACCACCAUAAUAUCAUAGACAGUGCAAACUAUAACGUUACUGUUUUGACACUGUGAGCCAAAGCUUGUGCGUGUUUACCCUGUUUAGAGUCUGAAAGCUCUUUUCAGACACUGUCAAUAAGUUGUGUACCGGAUCUGUAAAAAUGUCUGGAUCUUUUUGUUAAUAUUAAAAACAAACCUGUUGAA